UGACAAGUGCCUGUUGUCGAGUAUCGAGAGUUUGUUAGAGUGUGUGAUUGGAGAGUUUGUGAGCUGUUUGUACGGCUGCUUUUGCACACAAAGCGUGACCGGUGGUCACCCGUAGCUAGAGGCUGCUGUCAUUCAGACUGCGCUACACGCAAGUUGUCUUCGAUGAACCAGUCACCAUGUUUCAAACUGAUCCGCCCAGAGACGGGUUUGGACAAGAAUCGUUUGCAUUCCAAAAGGAGGAGUCACAGUGUAAACCAACACUUGUUCUGCACUGGCAGUAAUUUGUCAGUUUUCAAGAGUAUGUCUGCAUACCUUCCUUCACCUGCUGCUCAUAUAGAGGAAAGUGAACUGACUGGUAACAAGGGCAUGGCGCUGAAGAUCGACCUGUCCGGUUUGACGCCGCACGAAAUCGCAAAGAUUCAACAAGUGAUGCUUCGUGCCAACCAAGCAAGCAAACUCAUCAAUGAACAAGCGAGCAAAAUCAAGGAAGAUUUUGAAAGCUUGAAGUCGCAAGUCGAGAGUGCUCAGAAGGCUGUCGUGUCGACCACAUAUAAACCAAACCAGAAGCGAAGCUUGUGUGAAAUCUGCUUUCGUGUGGACCUGAAUAUCACAUUCUGCCACUGCUGUACCGGCUGCCAGAGGAAAUUCUGCUCUCGAUGCGGCCACAGAACAUUAACCUCAUUUCAAGCCGCCUCACCCAGUCAGUGGCUUUGCACUCUCUGUUAUCACGAACGAAAAUAUUUGUCCAUCUCUGGUGCUUGGAUGAGUAAAACUCAAGCAACCAACAAGACCCAAUGGCAGCGGAGGCUAACAGUUAGAAGGCACACCCUAAACGAUCUGCUUGGCAAAAGAAGCAGCAUAGAUACCACAUCUGCAGAAUCAACUUCAAAGCCAUUAUCGUAUGGAGAAAUCGAGGUGCAGUUUGGCUAUGUUGCUGCUCAGUCGAGCCUCGUGUUUACUAUUAUACGUGCGCACGAUCUUCAGUACAGAGAGGGAAGAGACAAGAAAUCUCAUAUCAACCCUUACUGCAAAGUGUACCUCCUACCAAACAGGCAGGACAAACGAAGAACAUGCACUCAGACUGAUACCACUGAUCCAGUAUGGAAUCGUUCGUUCAUGUUUGAGAAUGUGACAAGCAAAAUGUUGAAGCUCUGCUCGUUGGAGAUUUCAGUGUGGAGUCAUAGAGGUCACAUGAGAAGUAGAAAAUUCUUGGGACAGGUGACAAUCCCCCUGUCUUCGGUUCAAUUUAAUGACCAACCUUCCUGCUUGUCUCUGGAAUAUCCGGACAGUUCGCACCAAAUGUCUCCACCAUCUCCUGCACCAUGGCGACUAUCAACAUCAGUUCAUGACAAACCAGACAGCAGCUGUACUUCUACUGUGCCAACACAAUUCUCUUACUCAAAACCAGAUGUCAUGAGGCAUGCACGUUACUCGUGCACAUCGUUUGAUAGCGGUGAUUCCGCUGAAGAGGAACUCUCUAAGAUAUAUGCUAGUCGAUCAUACGAUACAGGAUUGGAUGAGUUGGGAGUUUCCCAUUCACGGAAAGCACCAGUGGUAGACACUAAUACAGCUGACUCACAGUCAGGAAGAAGUUACCCCGAGGAACAAGAUGGCAUUGUCAGUUUGAAGACGUCACAGUUUAACACACAGCACAAAGCAAUCUCAUUGGCUAAGAAGUUCUUGAUGAAGAAAGGCGAUAUUGAAGAAAAUGCCGAUGCUUUGGUAGCAGAAUAUUUGAAACAGAAAGGCAAACAAGAGGCCAGGCGACAGUCGAAAGAGCAGGAAGUAGGAGAAAUCAUCAGAGCCACUCAGAGCAGAACGUCUUCCCCUACUUCACAAGUAACUUACAGCUCAGGAGCAACUUCUCGUCCAGGUCGGAGUGCUAGUCUUACUAGCCCGAUCCCGUCGGUUGAAAUAGACGAGUGCAUGAUAAGUGAAAGGAUGUCACAGCAAUCCAGUAUGUCGUCGCUCCUACACGUCCAACAAUCAGAUUCAACACGAAGACACAGUUCUCCCAUCAUCAAUCCCCCUACAAUACAAGCACUGCGAGGGAUAUCCCCCGGAAAGCCUAGAGCUUUCUCACAUUAUGUAGAAUCGCUACCAGCAAAGUUCAGAGACCUGUUUCGUCUUAGUCCCAUGCCCGGCGUGAGGUUGGCCAGUGCUCCUGGUAGCAGUGAUGAUGACACAAGCAUGAUUAGCUCAUCCUCUGCAGCGGUAUCUGCCUCUGCUGGAAGGACAAUGCUCGGACUCGGCGUCGGACAACUUCUCCGUUCCAACCAUAUUGGAAGUAAUGCCACCGGAAGGAUUCAUCUUGGAUUCAGUAUACAGAAAGAGCAACUAAACGUUUAUGUUCUCGCUGCAGCGGAUCUCUCCUAUCAUCCCGAAGACGUGGCAGGAGAUCGCAUAACCGCUCCGUAUGUCAAGUUGUAUCUUCUCAAUGGCAGAAAACCGAUGACAGGUGAAAAGGAAAGGCGAACCAAAGAGGCCACAACAUACACCAAUCCAUCAUUCAAUGAGACGAUAACUUUCCACUUCUCUGAUGUGGUGACAAAGACCCUGAAGGUAAAAGUAAAGUACGAACCGCGAAAGUGUUUCAGACGUCACAGCAAAGAGGUAGGACAAGCUUUAGUGUCGUUGGACAGAAUGGAUUUGUCUGACGAGCCCCUCAUGGAGUGGUACAAGCUUUUCCCGACACGAUAAUGCAAUUUGAUUUUGUACAUUCAAGGAAUCGUAGCAAUGUAAGAGAAGUAUAUAGACUUACUUUUACUUGUAAUGUUAUAUAUUACGUGAUGUUACCUGUCGAACGUAGCACUUUGAAUUAGACUCUUUAGCUAAA